AUGUCGGGGGUCAUCGAAGAUAAACAACAGCGUGCCUUGGUUCGCUUGUCCCUGAAUGUACAGCGAUGUUUAAUGACACCAUGAAGAUACUAUUUUAAUAUUCUGUUUAUACGAAGGUGAUCUAUGAGCAAACGAUUAACAGCAGACGCGAGUGAAAUUAUGAUCAAUAAUGACACACGCACAUUAACCAACAGGUCAUUUCUUCUGUGAGGCACCUGAUCACAUCAUCAAUGGAGGAAAGAAUAUUACAGUUUUGUGGAGGAUCCCAUAUACUUGACGUGGAUCUGUUGUUGAACAACACAUGGCCCGAGUUCUCACCAUGCUUCCAUCACACAGUGCUGGUGUGGGUGCCGUGUGGCUGGCUGUGGCUGACUCUCCCGGUCUUUCUCCUCCAUCUCCACCGACGACCGGCGUCAGCCCAGCACAUGUCUACUCUCACCCUCACAAAGAUAAUUGUGAGUGCUCUCCUGGCUCUACUGGCAGGUGUUGAUAUGGCCGUUGCAGCUUCCAUCUUUAGGUCAAACUCCUCCCCAGCCUCCUAUCAUGCUCACAUCCUGAAGAUGCUCACUUUUGUGCUAUGUAUGUACCUAACACUACAGUCACAGAGGAAGGGGCUGUCAAGUUCCUGUAUCUUGUUCAUCUUCUGGUUUCUGAUUGUCACCUGCAACAUCAUCCCCUUCUACACAUACAUCAUUCAGUGGGCGAAGCCCCCUGUUGCCAGACUCAUACUAUUCUUCACCGGUUACGCAAUCCUCUUCUCCCAAUUUGUCCUCCAUCUAUUUGCUGAGAGGUUCCCCAGUCACAAGAAGAGUGGAGCAAGGGAACCGUGUCCCGAGACAUCCGCAGCCUUUCUCAGUAAGAUCACCUUCCACUGGAUAACAGGGUUGGUAUGGAGAGGCUGGAGACAGCCAAUUACAGCCAGCGAUCUAUGGGACCUACCUUCAAGUCUGAAGAGCGAGGUCACAGUCCCCCCAUUUAACACGGAGUGGCAGCAGGAGAUGAACGCACUCACUUCGAAAAACAAAAUUGACCGCAAAGAAGCUAUCACAUCAAAGGAGACGACUGAAGCCGCAGAGACAGCAGAGAAGGAGGGUCUCCUGGAACUAGAAGUGAAGAGGGCGACCAGUGACACUGAGCUCGACACAUACCCUGGUGUGAAGAUCCGGAACAAGAAGACUGAAGCUGCAGACACAGCAGAGAAGGAGUGUCUCCUGGAACUAGAAGUGAAGAGGGCGACCAGUGACACUGAGCUCGACACAUACCCUGGUGUGAAGAUCCGGAACAAGAAGACUGAAGCUGCAGACACAGCAGAGAAGGAGGGUUUCCUGGAAAUGGGAGUAAGAACUGCUAUCACUGACACUGAGCUCGACACACACCCUGGUGUGAAGAUCAGGAACAAGAAGACGUCCUCCUGGACAGGUCAAGCCAAGAAGUGGACGUUGGUCAAAGUUUUAUUCAGGAUGUACGGUAGUGAACUGCUGGUGGCUCAUCUGCUGAGAUUCUGUGCUGAUCUAGUCCAGUUCCUUUUCCCGCUGUUGCUCAAGAAGCUGAUCUGGUAUGUGGAGCACCAUGGGAGCAAGACGGACUGGAAGGGGUAUGUGAUCGUCGCAUCCUUCUUCCUUGUGUCCAUGUUCCAGUCCAUUGUCCUGUCUCAGUGUGUCUUCCUCUCCUUCAACAUCGGCCUGAAGAUCAAGACUGCCCUUGUCACUGCUGUGUAUAAGAAGGCCCUGACUAUGAACAAUGAAUCCAGGCGACAGUACACGACCGGCGCCAUCGUCAACAUGAUGUCCGUGGACUGUGCACGUGUUCAAGAAGUCACCAGCAGCCUGUGGGUGCUGUGGUCGGCACCACUCAUGCUCAGCGUUGGCCUCUACUUCCUGUAUCAGACAAUCGGGGUCGCAAUCUUUGCCGGCAUCACCGUCAUGCUAGUCCUGGCGCCAAUCAAUUUCAAGAUAUCGACUUACCUGAGGAAGUUCCACAAUAAACGCCUAACUGUCAAGGAUCAGAGGCUGAAGUUCAUGAAUGAAGUUCUAACCGGGAUAAAGGUGUUAAAGCUAUACGCCUGGGAGGCCUCGUUCCGUGAAAAGAUCACCGCCAUUCGCAACACGGAGAUCCGAAUCCUGCAGAAGCUGGCUAUCUUGAACUCUGUCAACACCUUCUGUUUCACGGGGGCUCCAACUCUGGUGACCUUGACGAGUUUCGUGAUCUACGUGAUGUUGUCUGACAACCACUAUCUGGAUUCCGAGACUGCUUUCGUGUCACUCAGUCUCUUCACCCUCAUCAGACAACCCAUGAACUCUCUGCCGAACUGUGUAUCUAUGCUGGUCCAGGCCUUCGUGUCCAUCAAGCGACUGUCCAACUAUCUGACCGGUGAGGACCUUGACCCACACAGUGUCACGCCGGACACAGAAGCAGGUAAUGUCCAUCAAGCGCUGUCUAACUACCUGACCGGUGAGGACCUUGACCCACAGUGUCACGCCAGACACAGAAGCAGUGUCACGCCGGACACAGAAGCAGGUAAUGUCCAUCAAGCGCUGUCUUAUUACCUGACCGGAGAGGACCUUGACCUACACAGUGUCACGCCAGACACAGAAGCAGGUAAUGUCCAUCAAGCGCUGUCUUAUUACCUGACCGGAGAGGGCCUUGACCCACACAGUGUCACGCCAGAGACAGAAGCAGUGUCACGCCAGACACAGAAGCAGGUAAUGCUCAUCAAGCGACUGCCCAACUAUCUGACCGGUGUGGACCUUGACCAACACAGUGUCACGCCAGACACAGAAGCAGUGUCACGCCGGACACAGAAGCAGGUAAUGUCCAUCAAGCGACUGUCCAACGACCUGACCGGAGAGGACCUUGACCCACACAGUGUCACGCCAGACACAGACGCAGUGUCACGCCAGACACAGAAGCAGGUAAUGUCCAUCAAGCGACUGUCCAACUACCUGACCGGAGAGGGCUUUGACCCACAGUGUCACGCCAGACACAGAAGCAGUGUCAAUGUUGAAGUGAGGAGAGGGCAGCUGGUGGCGGUGGUGGGGUCGGUGGGUGCCGGGAAGUCGUCCCUGCUGUCGGCCCUGCUUGGGGAGAUGGAGAAGCUGUCAGGCUCUGUGCAGAUGAAGGGUUCUGUCGCCUACGUUCCUCAACAAGCCUGGAUACAGCAUAUGACACUACGGAGGAACCUGCUGUUUGGGCGUCGGUGUAAGGAUAAACAGUAUCAGAAUGUGAUAGGAGCAUGUGCCCUUGAACCUGACCUUGACCUCCUACCUGGUGGUGAUGACACCGAAAUCGGGGAGAAGGGCAUCAACCUGAGUGGAGGACAGAAGCAGAGAGUGUCUCUUGCCCGAGCUGUGUACAGUGACAAGGACAUAUAUUUGAUGGAUGACCCUCUCAGUGCUGUCGACUCCCAUGUUGGCAAACACAUCUUCAGUCAUGUUAUAGGACACCAGGGAAUGCUGAAGGACAAGACUCGAAUACUUGUGACUCAUGGCGUGCAGUGGCUGCCUAUGGUGGAUGUUAUACUGGUCAUGGAUAAAGGGGAGAUAACUGAAGUGGGAUCGUAUGAAGAGCUGCUGAGUCAUGAUGGCCCCUUUGCACAGUUCCUGAAGACGUACCUGUUACAGGAGACGGAGAAAAACGGGCAACAGGAUGAGGAAUUGGACCACAUAAAGGCAGGCAUGCUGCAGAGAGUUGAAUCAGUGGUUUCCAUACCACAGUUACCUCCCCCGAGUACAUCCCCUGUCAGCUGCAAGCCUGGACUAUCACAGACAACUGGUUCAAUCAAGUCAGAUAGCAACAGCCUCUCUGAAUCACCCAGAAGUCUGAAUCAGGCUGUCAUCAGAACCACACUGCACCCAGACCAACACAAGGACAAGCAGACCGACAGACAGGCAUCAGCCGUAGAGUUGAAGAGUCUCCAGCACUUGUCAGUCAGGGAGGUGAGCGAUACUGGGCGUCUCAGGGAAAGGAAGGACAGCGAGGAUGAGGAUAGCGAGGACGAGGACAUGGAGGACGAAGACAUGGAUGAAGACCCUCGGUCAGCGGAAGAACAUCGUCUGGUUGGCGACGAGAAGUCAGAGCUGGGCAGGGUGCAGUGUUCUGUAAUCCGGACGUAUUUCCGGGCUCUGGGAGUGACGGGAGGGGUGAUCAUCCUGUUCUUCUUCCUGCUGUUCCGGUCAACCGGGAUUUUCAGCAACGUUUGGCUCAGUGUCUGGACAGACGAACCAAGACUGAAGAACCUGACCCUCUGGGCCAACACAAGCGAUGCAACAUCGUUGUCCUACUAUUACCUAGCAGUGUAUAGUGCAGCAACCUUCUCUCAGGCCAUCAUGAUAUUCUUCUUCGUGGCUGCCACCUACACGCAGAUGGUCCGUGCUGCUGCCACACUCCACCAGAACCUCCUGGACAACGUUCUCAGACAACCAAUGGCAUUCUUCGACACAACUCCAACGGGACGAAUCAUGAACCGCUUUACCCGCGAUGUUGGAAUUAUUGACGGCCAGAUGGCACGGAUCUUGAGGCAAUGGCUGAACAAUUUGUCCAGGUUUAUAACCAUCAUCUCCAUCAUCUCGUACAGCACGCCAUUGUUUCUCGUAGUGGCCGUCCCAAUACUGGUCCUUUACGUGGUGAUACAGAGAAUGUACAUACCUACCUCCCGCCAACUGAGACGGAAUGAUUCCACUUCAAGAUCACCGAUCUUCCAACACUUUUCUGAGACAAUCAGUGGCGCCACCUUAAUACGAGCAUAUGGUAUGGAUAAGAGGUUCCUGCGUGAAUUCCUGAGACGCGUUGACAGGAACAAUAUCUUCCACUAUGCUGCUGUGUCUGCCAACAGGUGGUUGAAAAUUAGACUAGAAUUCCUAGGUAAUCUCGUCAUCGUGAGCGCCGCCUUCUUUGCUGUGGUGACCCCGGGGGUGUCAGGUGGAAUGGUGGGACUGUCUGUGAUGUAUGCUGUUCAGGUGACGUCAGCGCUCAACAUCCUGGUCCAGGUGACUACACAGCUGGAGACCAACAUCGUGUCCGUGGAGAGGAUCGUGGAGUACACAGAACUCCCUGCAGAGGGAGCCUGGAUAGUUGAUGACCAGCGUCCACCGCCGGAGUGGCCGGAGGGAGGGCAGGUGGAACUAGACAACCUGCAGGUGAGGUACCGGCCGGAACUGGACCUGGUGCUGCAGGGGAUAACAGCUCGUAUCACACCUGGGCAGAAGGUUGGUGUCGUUGGCAGGACAGGGGCAGGUAAGUCAUCCUUAACAUUGGCCCUGUUCCGCAUCCUGGAGGCUGAAGGGGGAAGUAUCACGAUAGACGGACAGGACAUCGCCAACAUAGGUCUGCAUGACCUCCGUUCCAGACUGACCAUCCUACCACAAGACCCUGUGCUGUUUUCUGGAUCUCUGCGCAUGAACCUGGACCCAUUUGAUGCUCACUCUGAUGAGGAAGUAUGGCAAGCCCUGGAGCAGGCUCAUCUCAAGGCCCACGUUACCGCCCUCCCCGCCGGACUACAGCAUGAGUGUGAGGAAGGGGGACAGAAUCUGAGUGUAGGACAGCGACAGUUGGUCUGUCUAGCUCGGAGUCUGCUGAGGAGGACUAAGGUGUUGAUCCUGGACGAAGCCACAGCAGCUGUCGACAUGGAGACGGAUGAACUCAUCCAGAACACCAUCAGGACCGCCUUCAGUGACUGUACAGUCAUCACUAUAGCUCACAGGCUGAAUACUAUCCUAGACUAUGACAGGAUCCUUGUGUUGUCUGCAGGCCAGAUCCUGGAGUUUGAUACCCCGGACAGACUCCUGCAGGACAAGGCUGGUGCCUUCUACAGCCUGGCCAGGGAUGCCGGCAUAGUCAGUUCAUGUCAGUCUCAGUAGGGCAAUAUGGACAUAAGCAUAGGUGAUGCAACCACCAGUGAAUAUGGACAUUAGCAUAUAUGAUGCAACCACCAGUGAAUAUGGACAUUAGCAUAUAUGAUGCAACCACCAGUGAAUAUCGACAUUAGCAUAUAUGAUGCAACCACCAGUGAAUAUCGACAUUAGCAUAUAUGAUGCAACCACCAGUGAAUAUCGACAUUAGCAUAUAUGAUGCAACCACCAGUGAAUAUCGACAUUAGCAUAUAUGAUGCAACCACCAGUGAAUAUCGACAUUAGCAUAUAUGAUGCAACCACCAGUGAAUAUCGACAUUAGCAUAUAUGAUGCAACCACCAGUGAAUAUCGACAUUAGCAUAUAUGAUGCAACCACCAGUGAAUAUCGACAUUAGCAUAUAUGAUGCAACCACCAGUGAAUAUCGACAUUAGCAUAUAUGAUGCAACCACCAGUGAAUAUCGACAUUAGCAUAUAUGAUGCAACCACCAGUGAAUAUCGACAUUAGCAUAUAUGAUGCAACCACCAGUGAAUAUCGACAUUAGCAUAUAUGAUGCAACCACCAGUGAAUAUCGACAUUAGCAUAUAUGAUGCAACCACCAGUGAAUAUCGACAUUAGCAUAUAUGAUGCAACCACCAGUGAAUAUCGACAUUAGCAUAUAUGAUGCAACCAUCAUCGAUGAAACCACCAGGGAAUAAUAUCGAUUUAAUAGUGCUAGCCCCCUGAUAGACCAUGCCGCAGUUGAACAUAAAUACCCAACCAAGAAAACAGUAUACUGACUCCGAGCCGACCGUUCCUUGUUGUACCCCCUUAAUACCGAGCGCCAGGC